AUUUGAUUCAAAUAUUUUCUUGAAUAAAUGAAAAAAGUAAUGAAGUUGAAUAAUUUUUCCGCAGUUUCAACGGAAGAAAAGAUAGAAGAAUCAAAACCACUUUCUGUAUGGUCGUCGGAAUAAAACCCUAUUCUUGUUUUUCAAUUUCUCCAUGGCUAUGAUUUCAUGACAUUUUAGGCCUUUCUGUUUUUAUUCCUUCACCCAUUGAAAUCCCUUAUUUGUUUUCUUGCAUUCAUAUUCUUUCUUUAAUUAAAUAGAUAGAUCCAUCAAUUUCCUCUCUUUAGUUAUUUCCUAAAUAUAUAAUAAAAAUGAUAUUUUAUAAAGUGGGUCGUUCGGUAUCUCGUUUUUCUCGAUCAAAGAAUAUCAUCAAUGGAUGUUACAAGGGAAGAUCAGCUUUUUUGGAUGAGAGUUUAUUGAGAGCUUCAUAUUUUAAUUCCGCUGUAAAAGGGAUUGAUUCUAAUUUAGGGUUUUUGAGGAAUUAUGUGGCUUCUGCUGGAGCCAAGAAUAAAAAGUAUAUGUUUGACAUGAGAUAUGUGUUUGCAAAUCCUAGAUUUUGUAGGUUUUUCUCCAGUGAAGCACCUAAGAAAAAGAAUUAUGAGAACUUUUAUCCCAAGAAGAAGAAGAAGAUCCCCAAAUCUGAGGAGCAGAAAUCCGAGUCGAAAGAGGAAUCAAACACAAAUACCGAAGAUCAAGGAAAUUUUCAAGAAACCUUAAUGAAGCAGUUCCAAAGUAUACUCACUCCCCUCCUAACGAUCGGACUUUUGCUUUCAACAUUUUCCUUUAGUCCUCGUGAGGAGCAGCAGAUUAGUUUCCAAGAAUUCAAAAAUAAGCUUCUAGAACCUGGUCUGGUUGAUCAUAUUGUUGUUUCCAAUAAAUCAGUUGCUAAAGUUUAUGUAAGGAGUUCACAACGGGAUCAAACAAACAACGAUGUCAGUAGUGCUCCUACGAGAGGGCGCUCAGGCCAGUACAAGUAUUAUUUUACAAUUGGAAGUGUUGAAUCCUUUGAAGAAAAGUUGGAGGAAGCGCAGGAAGCCUUGGGUAUUGACCCCCAUGAUUAUGUUCCUGUAACAUAUAUGAAUGAAAUGGUGUGGUAUCAGGAGUUAAUGAGAUUAGCUCCCGCACUUUUACUUCUCGGAUCACUUUUAUACUUGGGUAGGAAGAUGCAAGGUGGCCUAGGUGUUGGUGGCCCAGGUGGAAAAGGAGCUCGAGGAAUUUUCAACAUUGGAAAAGCCCAUAUCACAAAAGUGGAUAAGAAUGCAAAGAGCAAGGUGUACUUUAAAGACGUUGCUGGCUGUGAUGAGGCAAAGCAAGAAAUUAUGGAGUUCGUACACUUCCUUAAGAAUCCAAAGAAGUAUGAAGAAUUGGGUGCAAAAAUUCCUAAAGGUGCUCUCUUAGUUGGUCCACCAGGGACUGGAAAAACACUCUUAGCUAAGGCAACUGCUGGGGAAUCUGGUGUACCCUUCCUUUCUAUAUCAGGUUCAGAUUUUAUGGAGAUGUUUGUUGGUGUUGGGCCAUCCAGGGUGAGAAACCUUUUCCAGGAAGCAAGACAAUGUGCUCCUAGCAUUGUUUUCAUUGAUGAGAUUGAUGCCAUUGGACGUGCAAGAGGACGUGGUGGAUUUUCUGGUUCAAAUGAUGAGCGAGAAAGCACUCUCAAUCAGCUGCUUGUUGAAAUGGAUGGUUUUGGAACUACCUCUGGAGUGGUGGUCCUUGCUGGCUCAAAUAGGCCAGAUAUUCUGGAUAAGGCUUUGUUGAGACCUGGUCGAUUUGAUCGCCAGAUCACCAUUGACAAGCCUGAUAUCAAAGGUCGUGAACAAAUCUUUCAGAUAUAUUUGAAAAUGAUCAAACUUGAUCAUGAGCCAUCAUACUACUCAGAGAGGCUUGCAGCACUCACUCCUGGGUUUGCUGGUGCCGACAUAGCAAAUGUUUGUAAUGAAGCUGCGUUAAUAGCUGCAAGGAAUGAGGGGACAGUGGUUAAUAUGGAACAUUUUGAAGCAGCCAUAGAUAGAGUUAUUGGUGGCUUAGAGAAGAGAAACAAGGUAAUAAGCAAGUUGGAAAGACGAACUGUUGCUUAUCAUGAAUCAGGUCAUGCUGUUGCUGGAUGGUUCCUCGAACAUGCUGAACCACUAUUGAAAGUCACAAUUGUUCCUCGUGGCACAGCUGCUCUAGGAUUUGCGCAGUAUGUUCCAAAUGAAAAUCUUCUUAUGACUAAAGAGCAGCUUUUUGACAUGACUUGCAUGACAUUGGGUGGUCGAGCUGCUGAACAGGUUCUGAUUGGUAAAAUCUCAACUGGAGCUCAGAAUGACCUGGAAAAGGUGACGAAAAUGACAUACGCCCAAGUUGCAGUAUAUGGGUUCAGUGACAAAGUGGGUCUCCUCUCAUUUCCCCAAAGGGAGGAUGGUUUUGAAAUGACAAAGCCGUACAGCAACAAGACUGGUGCUAUCAUCGACGAAGAGGUAAGAGAGUGGGUUACCAAAGCAUACAAGCAUACUGUAGAAUUGAUCGAGGAACACAAGGAGCAGGUUGCUGAAAUAGCGGAAUUACUGCUUGAAAAAGAAGUCCUCCAUCAAGAAGACUUGGUUCGAGUUCUUGGUGAGAGGCCUUUCAAAUCAGCCGAGCUCACAAACUACGAUAGAUUCAAACAAGGUUUUCAAGAAAGUGAGAAGGGUGAGGCUUCUGAGAAACGGUCGUCAAAGGAUGAGGUUGGUUCAUCACCACUUAUGCUGGAUGUAGUCCCAACAUAGUCAUUUUGGGUAGUUUAGGGUCUGUCUUGUACAUGGGUAAAAGUUUCUCUGUUCAUUUAGUGAAAUGUAUAAUGAUUUUACUUUUAUUUUUUGCAUUUUACACUUUUGGAUUAACCUUAUUUUUUCAAUGAGAUUAAAUUAUGUUUGCUGAUAGCA